AUGGGUUCAAACUCAUCAUCAGGAUUGGUAUCCCGCACAGUUGGCUCGUUAACAGAAACCUCACGUCGAAUUUUGGGUGGUGCUUCUGAUCCUCGUGCACCUCACAAUGAUGUUAUUAUCUUUUUGGAUGAAGAGAAUCUCGAUCAACGCAUUCCUGGAUGGCGAGAAAUGAGAUCACCUGUCCAGAUUGAAUUUCUCGGACGCGCUAUCCGAAGUGCUCUCAACCAAAAACAUUGGGCAUGGCUACUUAAAGGCGAAACCUUUUAUAGUCUAAUCGAGUAUGGCGCAGAAGGAAUUGUUAUUCAAUAUUUUCCGAAAGAGCGAGGCAUCACAAUGGUCUGUGGUACAAUAAUGGGAAAUGACUGCGAGGUUCGCUAUGAUGAUAGAUUUUCUACUACAAAAACUUUCAAUCAAAUUAUUCAAAAAGUAAAUACUAUGAAGAGCGAUUAUUCCGCUCAGACUUAUCAUGCUAUGAAAAGAAAUUGUCGAGACUUCGUUCGUGAACUCGGAAGAUAUUUAGAUCCAUCAUUUCAUCCAGCUGAUGCUAGAACUGAUACGCACUUGCAUACUGUUAGCUUCGGUAUGAUUGAUCCUACCUUUCCUAAAGGUAGACGUGUUGGAUAA